GAGGCCUCAGCUCCCAAGGGGCCAAGGAGCUGGUGCACUGGCUGGGGAGAAGCUGAGCCACACUCCUAUUGGGACGCCCCCCGACCUCUGACUCCAGGAAAUAUGAACAGGAAAGACAGCAAGAGGAAGUCCCAUCAGGAAUGCUCUACGAAGGCAGGAGGGCAGGGCCGGCCCCGACAGGCCCGACGCCACAAGACGUGCCCCAGCCCGCGGGAAAUCAGCAAAGUUAUGGCUGCCAUGAAUCUGGGGGUGCUGAGUGAGGGCAGCUGCAGUGAAGACGAACUACUGGAGAAAUGCAUCCAGUGCUUCGACUCAACCGGCAGCCUGUGCCGUGGGAAUCACAUUCUCAACAUGGUGCUCACCAUGCACAGCUGGGUGCUGCCUUCCUCUGACCUUGCUGCCCGUCUGCUGACCUCGUACCAGAAGGCUGCCAAAGACGCACAGGAGCUGAGGCAGCUACAGAUCUGCUAUCUGGUCAGGUAUUGGCUGACCCAGCACCCAGAGGCAGUACACCAGGAGCCCCAACUGGAAGAAGUUAUAAGUCAGUUUUGGGCUACUGUGGCUCGGGAGGGCAGCUCAGCCCAGAGGAGCCUGGGAGAUGCCUCCAACCUCCUGAGCCCUAGAGGGCCUGGGCCCCCACCUCUCAUGAGCAGCCCAGGCCUGGGCAAGAAGCGGAAAGUGUCCCUGCUGUUCGAUCACCUGGAGACAGAGGAGCUGGCUCAGCACCUCACUUACCUGGAGUUCCGGUCCUUCCAGGCCAUCACGCCCCAGGACCUUCGAAGCUACGUUUUGCAGGGCUCAGUGAGGGGCUGCCUGGCUCUGGAAAGUUCCGUGGGUCUCAGCAAUAGCGUGUCCCGCUGGGUGCAGGUCAUGGUGCUGAGUCGUCCAGGACCUGCACAACGUGCCCAGGUGCUAGACAAAUUCAUUCAUGUGGCACAGAGGCUCCACCAGCUACAGAACUUCAACACGCUGAUGGCAGUCACAGGGGGUCUGUGUCAUAGUGCCAUCUCCAGACUCAAGGACUCCCACGCCCACCUGAGUCCUGACAGCACCAAGGCCCUGCUGGAGCUGACAGAGCUCCUCUCCUCCCACAACAACUACGCCAGGUACCGCCGCACCUGGUCCAACUGCACUGGCUUCCGGCUGCCUGUACUGGGUGUGCACCUCAAAGACUUGGUCUCCCUGCAUGAGGCCCAGCCUGACAGGUUGCCAGAUGGCCGCCUGCACCUGCCCAAGCUGAAUAGCCUCUACCUACGGCUGCAGGAGCUGGCCGCACUCCAGGAGCAGCAUCCUCCCUGCAAUGCCAAUGAGGAUUUACUACAUCUGCUUACGCUUUCCCUGGAUCUCUUCUACACCGAAGAUGAGAUCUACGAGCUUUCUUAUGCCCGGGAACCUCGCUGUUCCAAGAGUCUGACACCCUCCCCCUACAAAGCACCUCUGGUGGUAGAGUGGGCCCCUGGUGUGACACCCAAGCCAGACAGCGUGACCCUGGGUCGGCAUGUGGAACAGCUGGUGGCGUCUGUGUUCAAGAACUACGACCCAGAAGGCCAUGGCACCAUCUCUCAGGAGGACUUUGAGCGACUCUCGGGCAACUUCCCCUUUGCCUGCCAUGGGCUUCACCCGCCUCCCCGCCAGGGGAGCGGCUCCUUCAGCAGAGAGGAGCUGACUGAGUACCUGCUCCGUGCCAGUGCCAUCUGCUCCAAGCUGGGCCUGUCCUUCCUGCACACCUUCCAUGAGGUCACCUUCCGCAAGCCUAGCUUCUGUCACAACUGCGGUGGCUUCCUCUGGGGUGUCACCAAGCGAGGGUAUCGUUGUCAGGACUGUGGGCUGUGUUGUCACAGACACUGCAGGGACCAAGUGAGGGUGGAGUGUAAGAAGAGGCCAGCGACUAAGGAUGACAUAGGCCCCCCAGGAGCUCCUGUGCCAGCCACACCACUUCCUCCUGCCACCUGUGGCUCAGAGGAAGAUCUCUCCUAUACACUAGCCCUGACCCCUGAGACUGGCUACCACCUUCGUUAUGCUUGGACCCAAACAGAGUCUUCAUACUCUUCCUGAGAGCCAGAGAUGGUCCCCUUCCCAGCGCCAGUGCUACCGACCACAGCAUCCAAGUCCAAUGCCUAGACAGCAUCUUGGCUCCUCUUUGCCUCCGUCCCCCAAACCAUUGCCUCUUUCCCACUCACACUGCCUCUGAUGAAGCACCCAUCAUUUUUACCCUGGAAGAAAUUCUUUUUCUUUUGCAUUGGCUGUCAAUCAUACUCUUUCCCCCACCUUC